AUGUCUGAUUCAGAAACUGCAGAGGUUACAAUGAAGAAAGAUAAUAUGAAAGGGAGACGUAGUGUGUAUAUCCAGGCAGUGGCCAUUGGAGAAGAGAGAGAGAGUUUUUCCAUACACUGUGAAUUGACCAGAAGGCUGAGAAUUUACUACUGUAAAGAUGGAAGGCACUGGCUUAUUUUUGACAGUGUCCAAGAUUUAAUGCUUCAAGGUGGUGGAAUUUUUAAUGGCAACGGGAAUGUAUGGUGGAAAAACUCCUGCAAAAUAGAUAAAUCUAAACCAUGCAUGGAUGCACCCACGGCCUUGACCUUGUACAAGUGCAAAAACUUGGUAGUGAAGGACCUAAAGAUUCAAGAUGCCCAACAAAUUCAUGUGUCCUUCCAAAAGUGCACAAAUGUUCAAGCUUCGAGUCUCACGAUAUCCUCUCCGGAGGAAAGCCCUAACACCGACGGCAUUCAUGUCACGAACACUCAAAACAUCCAAAUUUCGAAUUGUGCAAUAGGGACAGGUGACGACUACAUUUCAAUCGUUAAUGGAUCGCAAAAUGUCCAGGCAACGGAUAUCACUUGUGGACCUGGUCAUGGCAUCAGUAUUGGUAGCUUGGGAUUUGGCAAUUCAGAAGCUUACGUAUCAGAUGUGGUCGUGAAUGGAGCUCAGCUUUCUGGAACGACAAAUGGUGUCCGGAUUAAGACAUGGCAGGGUGGAUCUGGAAGCGUAAGCAACAUCAAAUUUAAGAAUGUGGAGAUGCAAAAUGUGAAGAAUCCCAUAAUCGUAGACCAAAACUAUUGUGAUCAAGCUGAAGCAUGUAUAGAGCAGAGUUCAACGGUACAAGUGAAAAAUGUAGUGUAUCAGAAUAUAAAGGGCACAAGUGCUUCAAAUGUAGCUAUCUAUUUGGACUGCAGUAAGAGCUCUCCAUGUCAAGGGAUCGUUUUGCAGAAUGUUAAAUUGGUACGCAAAGGAGAAGGAUCGGUUAAAGCUACGUGCAAUAACAUUGUAAAUUUGGAGAAAGUGGGAACUGUUUCGCCACUUUGUCCUCAGUCACAUUCACAAUUUGAAUUCGUUAAUUCAAAAUGA